AUGGGUGGACCUGCAGAAAAAAAUUCAAAUUUUCAAAUCCCAGCAAAAGUUGGAGGAUCGUUCAAAACACCUAGAUCUCAUCCAUGGAGACCUGCUCUAGGCUUUGAAAAUGUUCAAGUUAUGACUUUACCAUCACAAACAAUAACAAAUCAAUUAGUUGAUCCUUGUUACACACCAAACGAUAUGUCCACCGAGCCUUUGAAGUUUCCGAAUCUUGUGACUGGUUUUGAAAGGAACCCGUCUCAUGCUGCUAGAGCUGCACUUUAUACCCGAUACACUCCGGAUGAGUGGAAUCAAAAAGAAAUCCACCUUGCUAAUGAAGUGACUGCUAAUUGUAAUUAUUCAGACAAACUUAAGAGUUCGACUCUACAACUUAUAAAAGAAGCUGAUGAAAGAGUACAAGAAGGACAAAGAGACUCAUCACGAAUGCUGGGGCAGAGAGUAAGAGAAAUAAGUUUUUGGGAGCGAGAGUUAUCGAGUGAAUUAGAUAGAAUUAUUAUUGGAAAUAAUAAAAUGCAAGAAUGUAUGCGAACUCUUCAGAGAGCUAUUCUAGAUGUUGAAAUUCCCCAGCAUAUUAGCCAAGAGUGUUUAUAUCAUCGCGAAUCAAGAAGAGGCACUGAAUUAAUUCACGAUGAACCUGAAAGAGCAUUAUUGAAUGAAGUAGAAACCAUAAGAAAUUGUCGUAAGAAACUUGAAGUCUUCACCGACAAAUGCAAAGAACAAUUAGCAAAUGGCCGGGCAGCGCAAAAUGAAAUUGAGAUGGAUAUAAAUAAUAAAAAUUUAGCGCUUGGUAUCGAUUCGAUGUGUCAUCAGCUAAAUAAUUACAGCAGAGGAUUACAAUAUUAUGGUGGCAUUGAAAAUUAUGAUAAUUCAAUUACUGAAGGGCAGACGUGGGCUGAAGCUUCGGAUGCUGUUAUAAGAAAAUCUCAGAUAAUUCGCGCGAAAUCAAAUCAGAUUAUAAGUGACAUUGAGGCGGCGAUAAAUGAAGUUGCUCAGGAAUCAUGGAAAGUUUGGGAUUACACGAAUAAUGCGUUCGCUAGACGAAUCGCUGAAAUUUUGGAAGCUAAAAAUAAACUUUUAGUCCACUUGCAACACGUUCAAGACGAAAUUUUUUCAGUUGAUAAAAAUAUUGAGGAAAUUAAAAAAGCUGUUGAUGACAAAGCACUGACUGUGAAAGUCGCACACACGCGUCUCGAGGCAAGAACAUAUCGACCGCAAGCUGAGUUAUGUAAAGAUGCAGCGCAACUUAAAAUUGUCGAGGAAGUCGAGACAAUAAAAUCAAUAAUUGGCAAUUUGAAUAAUAGAUUACUCGAAUGUGAAGCGCAGCAGCAACAGCUUUUGCGAACGAGAUCUAAUCUUGAGAAUGACCUGAAAGAUAAAAUGGAUGCUUUGUUUAUUGACAGAGAAAAGUGUAUGGGAUUACGUAAAAGUUAUCCAAUUGUUAAUACAAUAAAAUACUAG